AUGAUAAAUACGACUAUUUUUAAAAUUUGUUUUCUUCUGGUUUUAAUACAAAUAUCAUCGGCAAAAUGGACUAAACCACGUCGUUUAAAUAUUCUAAAACAUUCAUCAAAUCAUAUUCGUGAUGAUCGAUGUAGACAAUUUAAAACAUUUACACAAAAAGUCGAUCAUUUUGGUUAUGUUAAUAUGGAUACAUAUCAACAACGAUAUACAUUAAAUACAGAUUAUUGGCAGAGUGGAAAACCAAUUUUCUUCUAUGCUGGAAAUGAAGGUGAUAUCGAUCUUUUCUGUGAUAAUACCGGUUUUAUGUGGGAUAUUGCACCAUUAUUUGAUGCAAUGGUUGUUUUUGCUGAACAUCGUUAUUAUGGUCAAUCAUUACCAUAUGGAAAUCAAUCUUAUUCCAAACCGGAAUAUACAAGAUAUUUAACCAGUGGCCAAGCACUUGCUGACUAUGCAUAUUUAUUAGAUAAUAUUCGUAGUUCAAUAAAAGGUGCUGAACAAAGUCCAACAGUAGUUUUUGGUGGAUCAUAUGGUGGAAUGUUAGCCGCUUAUUUUCGAAUGAAAUAUCCACAUGUUGUAGUUGGUGCACAUGCAGCAUCAGCACCUAUUCUUCAAAUGACAACACCAUGUGAAUCAUUCUCUCGUAUUGUUACACAAGAUUUUCAACAAGAAAGUCCACAAUGUGUUGAUAUUAUUCGAUCAUCAUGGGAUGCAAUAAAUCGUAUUGCAGCAGCAGCUGGUGGUCUAAGACGUCUUAGUGCUUUAUUUAAACUUUGCCGUCCAUUACAAUCAGCUGAUGAAUUAAAAAAUUGGUUACUUGAUAUGUAUGGAAAUAUAGCUAUGGUUGAUUAUCCAUAUGCAACAUCAUUCUUAGCUGAUUUACCUGCUUUUCCAGCACGAGUAUUCUGUGCAAAUGUAACGGCAUCAUCAUUCGAUACAAUCAAUGAUGAUGAAGAUAUUGUUCGAAGAAUUGUUAAAGGAACAAACGUUUUUUUUAAUUAUACUGGUCAAACAGAUUGUUUUGAUACUGGUUCACAAGGUUCACCAAGUCUUGGUGAUUUAGGUUGGUCUUAUCAAUCAUGUUCAGAAUUUGUUAUGCCAAUGUGUUCCGAUGGUGUCAAUGAUAUGUUUGAAAAACAAGAUUGGGAUUUUCAAGCAUUUUCUGAUAUGUGUUUUGCUGCAUGGAGUGUUCGACCACGUCUUGAAUGGCCAUAUAUUGAAUAUGGUGGUAAAAAUGUAACAGAUUUACGUUAUUAUUCAAAUAUUGCUUUUACAAAUGGAAAUCUUGAUCCAUGGUCAUCAGGUGGUCUUCGUGUAACUGUUGCACCAACUCUUCCAGCUAUAUUAGUUACUGGUGGUGCUCAUCAUCUUGAUUUACGUGCAGCAAAUAAAGCUGAUCCACCAAGUGUUUUACAAGUACGUCAACAAAUCGUUGCACUUAUUGAAACAUGGAUUUCAUAA